CCAUUUUGGAUCUCUCUCUUAUUCUUCUCUCUCCAUAGCGAGAGAAGACACCUACUACAGCACAACAGUAGUCUUAUGUAAAGUAUAUGGAUAUGUAUGCAUAGAGAGAGACAGAGAGAGAGAGAAAGAGGGGGGUUACUGUGAUUUCUCUUUCCUCCAUUUUCAGAGAUUGAAGAGCCCUCAAAAACCUUCAAAUUUUGUGGGGGUAUUAAUGAUCUCAGUGUCGCAUUGCCUUUACAUGAGGAAUCUGUCUCUGGGUCUUGCAAAUGGAAACUGUAGACAAGUCCCAUGUUGAUUUGGAAGACGCCGGUGGUGCUGGUGGCGCCGCCUUGAGCGACGGAGGAAGUGACGAUCUUAGCUCCACCGCCGGCGCGUCGUCAAGCCUCUCUGGUGCUGAGAUUGUGGGUGUGAGGAGGGAAUCCUCUGCGUCGGAGUGUUCGGUAGAGUUGGAUCUGGAAGCUGGGGUCCCACAGGUUAAGGUACAUUUGGCAAAAUCUGAGAGGGAUUGUAGGAUUUGUCAUCUGAGCUUGGAUGCAACUAACCAAGAAUCUAAUGGAAUCCCUAUUGAAUUGGGUUGCUCUUGUAAAGAUGAUUUAGCUGCAGCCCACAGACAUUGUGCUGAGGCUUGGUUCAAGAUUAAGGGCAACAAAACCUGUGAGAUAUGCGGAUCAACUGCACGCAACGUUGUUGGUGCAAACGAAACCGAGUUGAUGGAACAAUGGAAUGAAGCAAAUGACAGUGCAGCUGCAGCAGCAUUGACACCAGCACCCCUAUCAGAGACCCGAAACUUCUGGCAGGGCCAUCGGUUUCUCAACUUCCUACUGGCUUGUAUGGUCUUCGCCUUUGUCAUCUCCUGGCUGUUUCACUUCAAAGUGCCCUCAUGAAAUCUGAUAAGAGGCCAAUGAAACAAAUCAAACAAGCUUCAUUCAAGUCUUGUAGCAUUGUUUGCUUCCCAUUCUGAGUUGGAAAAAACAAAUCUGUAUGCCAGUGUUGUUUAUAUUAGUCUCGGAGCUUUAGGAGACUUGUACUUGAUGUUGUAUUAUUGUUUUUUUUUUCCUUGCAUGAUCUUAGAUAUAACUAUGUAAUGUUGUAACAUUGUGCCUCAUGCGCUGAUGUAUCGAAUCUCUUCAUCUGUCAUCUUUCCCUUCC